UUCUGUUCCUCAGCUCAACCCCCCUUUUUAGAAAUGAUCAGUAUUUGUGGUUUGGACUGCGAUAGCCCUUCAAAGCCCCAGUCCCAGAUUAGGAUCCCCUUGCGCAAGGCACUGUGCAAACAGAACAAAAACCUAGAAGGUCAAUUUUUUGCAGCAGGAACUAAGUAUGGGGUAAAAGACAACAGGUGCAGGCAGAAGGGGAGAGCCAGGAAACAAGGAGACAUUAUGGGUCAGCCAAUGUGCCUUCAGUUCUUCACUUCAGCAGGGUUCUCUCACCUACAUACAAGGGACUACGCCAGUGGUGUGCAUGGAAAGUGUUUGUAAGCUGGACCCUUGUCUACAGUACUGUGCCUUUAAGGGCCUCUCGCUUUGUUGCCAAGUUACAGCCUGUCUCCUAGCAACAUAGUUUGUUACUUAAGCACCCUGUUUCUUGUUUGCCUGGUCAAUUUCCUGCCUCUUUGUCCAGCUUGGACCAGAGUCACCAAAAAGUCUUAACUCAAAAUGUCCCAGGUGCAUCUGCCGGAAGCAUUCACCACCUGUAACAAAGAGGCAGAGGAGGGUCGGUCCCAGAGAACCAGUGAUUACUACAGAGUUAAUGACAAUUUGCCAGCCAGGUUCAACCACCCAGGAUGGUUUCGGGGCUACAGAACGAAUGAGCCCCAUCCAAUGUACAGGACCACCAACCAGAUCUAUGGAAGCAAAGCGCCUACUGUACAUGAAAUGCCAACCUCCUUUAACAUUACCUCACAUGCAUUUUCGAAACAUCUUGGAAAGUGUGGCAUGUAUAGGAAUAACGGGCUCAACACCUACAUGGAGAAAAGUGAUGUGACUGGCAUAGAUAACCUUAUCACCUUCUACAACAGACUCAACUUUCACCCCAGUUACAAUGGCAGUGGCCCAUCCCACUGUGAAUAAUGUUUCAGCCAUGAUGUCUGCAGUAUGACACCUGUUCUUCAGUUUACUGUCUACUGCCUGGUUAAAAAAAAAAACAAAAGAACGAGCGAACAAUAGCAUUGACAUUUCCUUAGGAUUUCUGCUAUCUCCUAAAUCAGCUCCUAAGACUCUCUUUGAAAGCAUGACUGGAAACGGUGCACUCCUGCACUGAGUGAUGUUAAAUACACUUCUGUCUGCCACAUUAGCUUGCAGGAUGAUUCACCACAACAAACACAGGCUUCUGUUAAAAUAAUGCUGCAUGCCAUUAAAGCAUCAUUAAGCUGCAAUGGGAAUCUUUUAUUAUAAUGUCUGACUUGAGGUUACCUUGCUGAAGGAGAGCCUAAAUCCAAUGUUAGCAUGACAUAGUAGAAAAGGUCAUGAAAACAGAAUAAAAUGGGUAAAUGAGCAAGGAUGAAAACUCUGUCAUUGAGAGAAUAAUAAGAGCAAAAUGCUGCUUUGGCGCAGGUGUGUUAAUAAAGAAAAAAAAUCUGGAAAAAUGUUUGUUGUUUUAUUAAAAUGCCUGGGAAACAAGUGAAUUUAAUGCUUGUUAAACAUAAAUGGAUGGCUCCACUCUACAGUACAGCACAGGAAGCCAGCACACACACUUUCCCAUGCCACGCUGCCCUGGCAGUGUGCCUCAGGAAUGCCGAGCAAACACCACUGAGAGAAGUUCAAAGUUCCACGGACCACUCCUAUCUUGGACCUCUGCUCAGAUUGCCAAGUAAGGGCUACACUUAUUCCUGGUCAGAAGGGACCAUUGUGAUCUCUAGUCUGACUUCCUGUAUAACAGGCCACAGAACUUCCU